AUCUUCAACCUUCAACUUUUUUGGCAUUGCCUCGUUUCCUUUCUUCUUCCACCCAAUCCCUCUUCACCGGUGUCUUUUGCUCAUUAAUCAAGAUGGCUCUCUCUCCUCAAAUUACCAACCUGGUCAUCAUCCUGGGUAUGAUGCAGGUCUCCAAGCGCGUUCCUUUUGAUGAUCCUUUUGUUCUCAACGUCGUCCGCGCCGUCUACCUUGCCAGCAACGUCAUCAUUGCUGGUCUCUACUUCUACACCCAGCUGAAGAUCAACAAGAAGAAGGACCUCACCACCCUCAAGUAUGUUGAGCCCGCUCCCAUGGGUUCCUCUGAGGAGGGCAAGCUCGUCACCACCACCAUCCACGCCUACGACAACGAGCAGAUCCGCACCGCUUUCCGUGGCCAGGCUAUGGGUAUGGCCAUGAUGGCUUUCAUGCACUUGUACAUGAACUACACCAACCCUCUUCUCAUCCAGAGCAUCAUCCCCCUCAAGAGCGCUUUCGAGAACAACAUGGUCAAGAUCCACAUCUUUGGCAAGCCUGCCGCCGGUGACCUCAAGCGUCCCUUCAAGCAGCCCGCCGGCUUCAUGAGCGCCAUGCAGGGUGGCCCUGCCCAGAGCGACAAGAAGGCCAUCGAGACCGCUGAGCGCGCUGGUCGUGGUGGUGCCAAGGAGGAGUAAACUGUUAUCGCCGAAAGGAUGGUUACAGGUUUAUAGGAUUAGGUUCGGUCUUAAGCUAGGGUCUAUUUCAACCCUGGCUGUACUAUAAUACAAGUGGUUUGCAAAAGCAUUUGUGUUGUGGCGAAUAGAAAUGGAUUGAGUAAUUUAUGGAAUGAUGUCUAAUAUGUACGAGUUCGAUACUGCUACGAUAAAAUUGGAGGUAUGACCUGUG